AUGUCUCUCACGCCAUUUGAGAAGGCCGCCAGCGGCGCCUUGGCCUCGGCUAUUGCAAACACCCUUGUGUACCCCCUAGAUCUAAGCAAGACCAUCAUCCAAACCCAGGUCAAAAAGCGCGAGCCAUUGGCUGAGGAAAGUGAAAAUACGUCCUCGGCCGACGAGAGUCUCUACAUCCAGAAACGGACCCAUAACGAGCUCAAGUACAAGAGCUCCAUAGAUGUUCUCAAAAAAAUUUACCACAAAAAAGGCGUCGCCGGCUGGUACCACGGCUUGGCAUCGUCCAUCUUGGGCUCCGCAGCACAGAGCUUCAGCUACUUUUAUUGGUACUCCAUUGUGCGUCAGGUAUACUCCCAAUUGACCAAACGGUCGGGCGCGCACAAGAAUCUGACGGCGAUUGAAUUGCUUCUUGGUGCAUUGGCUGCAGCAAUCUCCCAGCUCUUCACAAUGCCCAUCGGCGUCAUUACAACCCAACAACAAACAGAUAAACAGCACCGUUCGUUGUACCAACUCUCCAAGGAGAUGUAUGCCCACGAGGGGAUUCGGGGCUUCUGGCGAGGAUUGGGUGUUUCGUUGGUAUUGUGUAUCAAUCCAUCGAUCACCUACGGUUCGUUUGAGAGGUUGAGACAGAUUUUCUUCAACGGAAAGGAAUACUUGGGGCCUUUGGAGAGUUUCACGCUCGGCAUGUGCGCAAAGUCCUUGGCUACUGUCUCCACACAACCGCUCAUUGUUUCCAAGGCAAUGCUACAGAAAAAGGAUAGCAAGAAGCCUGAGAAGGAUGCUUCGAAUGCACGGGACGUGAAGAUCAUCGAGGAUGAAGACGAGCACGAACACGACAUAAAGUUCAAUGGCUUUGUGGAGGCGUUGGAACACUUGUGGCACACGGAACGGUUUAGAGGACUCUACAAGGGCAUUGUUCCACAAUUGGUGAAGGGAGUUUUGGUGCAAGGACUUUUGUUCAUGUUUAAGGACCAGCUCGACAUGUUGUUCUUGGUGAUUUUGAAGCUCAUAAAGAAGCGGAGACUGUUGGUGAAGAGAUAG